UUGCGAUGCCUUACGUUUGCCGACUUGUGGACUUGCGGUUGCGUGCGUGCGGUGCGGCAGAGUGCAGGGCGCAGUGUACAGUGUUGUGUGUUGUGUGUGAUGUAGUUGUCUGACGGGCGCGAGUACGUUUCAUUCUAUUAUCAUUCCGAAAUGAUAAGCGUUUCUGCGGUCCCGAAGUGAUUCAGUGUCGAAAUAUUUCAGCCUGUUUUCUUACGGCUAACUCACGAUGGUUGAAUCAAUCGGGAAGCGUAUCGAGGAAAGUCAACGGUAUUAAGGUGGUGCUAGAGGAAUUGUAAAAUGGCUACAAAAACAGAAGAUACAUCCAUUGAUAAUACCAAUGAUGGAGAAAGCAUGGAUAAAGAAGUUUUAGCAAUUAGUGGAAAGGAUGAAACUGGUCAUCGCGUACCACCUACAUAUUUAUACAAUUCAGGUUCUGAACAAAAUACAGGAAUCAAUCAAGAUCAAAGUAACAGGAAUCGUACUCAAGCUUCAGAAGAUCAGUUGGGACCUUUACCAUCAAAUUGGGAGAAGGCUUAUACAGAGACUGGAGAAGUUUAUUUUAUAGAUCACAAUACAGGCACUUCUCAUUGGUUAGAUCCACGUUUAUCUAAGUUCCAAAAAAGAUCUCUUGAAGAAUGUCUGGAUGACGAAUUACCUUAUGGUUGGGAGAAAAUAGACGAUACCCUUUAUGGUACAUAUUUUAUUGAUCAUGUGAAUCGUAGAACUCAAUAUGAAAAUCCAGUGUUGCAAGCUAAACGAGCUCAGCAAAGUUUAGGAGAAAGAAAGAGCCCUAAUUUCACCAGAAACCCUGAUAAAUUAAAAGGGCAUAGGAUAAGAACUACUUUAAUAAAGAGCUCACGAGGAUUGGGAUUUACUAUUGUUGGCGGAGAUGAUUCUGUAGAAGAAUUUCUGCAAAUCAAAAGUGUGGUUCCAAAUGGACCAGCAUGGUUGGAUGGAAAAUUGCAAACUGGAGAUGUCUUGGUAUAUGUGAAUGACACAUGUGUCUUAGGUUUUACACAUAAUGAAAUGGUAAAUGUUUUCAAAUCAAUCGGCAGUGGAGAAACUGUGACAUUGGAAGUGUGUCGCGGUUAUCCUUUACCAUUUGACCCGAAUGAUCCAAACACAGAAGUUGUUACUACUAUUGCAGUCAAUGCACCAGAUAUUUCAACAGAAGAUCCCAGAAUGUACAUGGAUAUGGACCCGACUUUGCAAAACAAUGAACGCUUCAACUUUUUGGAUUCUACAUUUUUACCAGUACACAACCUCCAAAAUGGUGAAAAUCUUGCCACGACAUCGGUUAAUUCAAUGCCAGAUCUAUGCAUUUCGGAUAAGAUUAAUACGAUCAAAAGACCUAGUAGUACAGAUAUUUUGUUAUCCGAGAGCAGUGAUUUAAAUGACUGCAAAGACUCUUCAAUGUCUUCCAAACCGGAAUUUCUUAGCAUCGCGAUUGUAAAGGGUACUAUGGGAUUUGGAUUUACUAUAGCUGAUUCUGCUCAUGGUCAAAAAGUGAAAAAGAUCUUAGAUCGGCUACGUUGCAAGAAUUUAAUGGAGGGUGAUAUUUUGGUCAAUAUAAAUGAUAUCAAUGUGAGGAACAUGUGUCAUUCCGAAGUAGUACAAGUUUUAAAAGAUUGCCCUCGUAAUGAAGAAGCACUGAUACACGUGCAAAGAGCAGUGCCCAAACCAAAUGAAAAGAAGGAGAAAAAUUCUCAGGACUUUUUUAGAAGUAAAACGCCGACGGCUGAUAUUUAUAGCACUCAAACAAAGACUGUUGUGCCGAGUCGACCGAAAACUCCGCUUAUCGAUACUAGGAAUCGGCCAAAGUCCCCUCCCGGUGCGAUUAGAUCAAAUUGGAACGAACAAAGUGAGACCGAAUUAAAUCCACUCGAUAAUCGAUACAAAUAUUCAGAAUACCCACAUGGUAUGUAUUACAACGAUCCGUAUAAGGCGAACAUUGCAAACUUGUCUGAGAACUUUAUGACGAUGACAAAUUUAGACGACGAUCCUAUAAGGAGUAGUGCAAAAAGAGAUUGGGUUACAAAUGAUAAAUUAAAUAUAAAUAACGAUACGUACUCUAUCGAUAUACCUCACCAUGACAACAUGUUAAAGCAAAAUGGAUGUUUACAUUCAGAUUACUAUAAAGAUUUAUAUGCAUCUCAAUCUCAUUCUCAAUACAGUGAACAAGAUUAUAAUGUGUAUUCUAUUGGUCAAGAACAAAAUGUUGAUACUGGUGAAAUAUGGGAUAAACGAAAAGAAACCACUAGUUUCGAACAUGAGCAACCACAUUCCAGUUCGAUAACGAGGUAUCCGCAAUACAGCAACGAGUUAAUAUGCCCAAUAGUGCCUGAUAUAGAAUGGAUAGAAACGUUGGUAACUUUAGUAAGACAAGACACAGGAUUUGGAUUUAGAAUAGUUGGUGGUACCGAAGAAGGAUCUCAACAGGUUUCUGUUGGACAUAUAGUACCUGGUGGUGCCGCAGACUUGGACAAUAGAUUAAAUACAGGUGAUCUAAUUAUGUCCGUCGAUGGUGAAAGUGUGAUGAAUUCGUCACACCAUCACGUUGUCCAAUUGAUGAUAGCUGCUGCCCAAAAUGGUAGAGUCACUCUAGGAAUUCGUCGUCGUAUUAACGUUCAAGAACAUCUUCCAGAAAAUCUUCACACACCAUAUACUAGACAAAUGAAUCUCCAGUAUCCUUACGAUGUGACAGUCACUAGGAUGGAAAAUGAAGGUUUUGGUUUCGUUAUCAUUUCAUCAGUUAAUAAAGCUGGUUCCACGAUAGGUAGAAUAAUCGAAGGAUCGCCGGCGGAAAGAUGCGGCCGACUGAAUGUUGGGGAUCAUAUCCUUGCCGUUAAUCAUGUAGAUAUUACAAACGUUUGUCACAAAGAUAUUGUGAAUUUAAUUAAGGAUUCUGGUUAUUCCGUUACUUUGACUAUUGGUUAUCCGCUCGAUGAUUGCUGUAGCAAUACAUCUCUAUCUCAAAAGGAUGAACCAGCAUGUGAUGGAGAUGGAGGACAAUAUCAUGCUGUUGAAUUAACUCGUGGAACUAGAGGAUUUGGAUUCAGUAUUCGUGGUGGACGUGAGUUUCAAAAUAUGCCAUUAUUUGUAUUGCAAAUUGCUGAAAAUGGACCAGCAUCUAUUGAUAAUCGAUUAAGGGUUGGCGACCAAAUAAUUGAAAUAAACGGAAUUAAUACUAAAAAUAUGACUCAUACAGAAGCUAUUGAAAUCAUACGAAACGGUGGACCAUCUGUUCGACUUUUAGUCCGACGCGGUUGUCAAAUGCCUUCAGUGGUAGGUGCUCCUCCACAACUUUACGAUAUGAAUAUAUGAAAUUAACCAUCCUAAAUAACAAAAUAUUAAUACUGAAAGCAUUAACAGUAUUUAAUUUUGCAAGCGAUGAUACUAAUGCUAACGUCAUCCCUGUAUAACUUCUUUUGAUAUGUAAUUUUAUACGAAGCUUCAGAGUUAAAAAUUAAGUAUCAUAAUAUGAAAAAAAACACUUAAAGACAAUACGAAAAAGAAAAGAAUGAUUGCAGGAAGUUGUUUUAUUGCAGUGAGAGUUAGAUUAUACUGUAUUACAGUACUAUUAUAUGACAUUUGGUACAGCGAUAUCUGGUGCAAGCAGAAAACAGUGUGUUAUAUUGUAUAUUUUAUGGAGUUGGUUAUACAUAUAUGUAGGUAUGUAAUAACAGAUAUAUACUUUUUAUAGCUACAUAUAUAUAUGUCAAAAUCAAUUUCUACGACAUCCGUACAUCGUGCCGCUUUAAUAAUCGAUAAUAUUAUUUACGUGAAUUGCUUAAAUUACUAUACCUAUUGCAGUUCAUUAAUAUAAAUACGAAUAUUGAGGACAUGGUUGUUGACUCAUACGUAAAUGAUAUAUAUUAAUAUUAAUAUUAACUACAUAUUAAUUGUAACGUUUUGAUAAUUAAUGUAGAGAAGAUUUUAUAUAGCUUUAAGUUAAAGGGAGGAACGCCUGAAUGAUCUUUUUUUGCAGCUACGAAUUUAAUUUGUGGAAAAGUCCGAUUUAUAGGGAUGAUAUUUGCUCAUUCUAACAAAAUUGGACUGGUGCUAACUCCGGUUUUCAAAUGUAACUGGUAUUUAAAUUAUCUAAUUUCUGAAAAAGAAAAUUAAUUCAUCCUAACACGUGUGAUAGUUUGAGAGUAUUGUGCCUUGCGUGUGUUCCAUACUUAAUAACGAAAAAUUACUAAAGAGAAGCUUAAGCUUCUGAAUCAAUUAUAAAUUUUAUAUUCAACUUCGUUGUAGAGUAAUCUCACAAUCGACCAAAUAGAUAUUCAACCGAUUGUUGAGGGCACACCACGCAGGCAUUUAUUGAAAUUACACGAGUUGGGUGUGCACCCUAAAAGACGUCGGAAAAUACGAUUUUUCAUUUUACUCAACUGCUGUUCAUCAAAAAACAGAUACUUAUAAGUAAACUGUAGAUUUUAUGCAUUUAAAGAAAAAAUUGAAUAUAUAGAAAAUAAAAGAAUGCAUAUAAUGUGUAAAAAUUUGUAGAACAUCAAAAGACCAAUACUACACAUAAUUGUUUCGCGAUCUGAAUCAAGAUUUAAUUUCUUAACAUUGACACUACGUAAAUUUUAUUACACAAAAAUCCGCAGUCUACUUAUAGCUAAUAAGCAUUUAAUAUAAAAUGCAAUGACUACUUUAGUCGCAAUAAGCAAGUUCUUUACAAAAUCAAGUGCAAACCAUCACGGAAGAGAAUCUCCAACUUUUUUGUAUCGCUUAAUGAUUUUAUAUUUUUCAUAAAAUUGAAGUGUACUUUUGUACUAAAACUUGUUGUAUAAGCGUAAAUUAACGUAAAUUAAUGGAGUGCAAUCUAUUUGCGGUAGCAAAUAGUAUUUGAUACCCGUAACAUCUAUUUUAAUAUUAACAUAGGAACAGGAUUUUACAUACGAUCAAUUCUCGAUUGAAAAACAGACUGCAGACUGAGCAAUUUACAUAAAUAUUUGCAUAUUCCCUCUGAAAUAAAUAUACGUUAUUUUAGAGAAAAUACUACAUACAUACCC